GACGACGAGGAGGAGGAAGGAAGGGAAGAGUCGGGCGGUUGAGGUUCCUCCAUCUGAAGAGGAAAUCGCCGUUUCCGCCAAGAUGGGGUCCGUCGUCUGGGAGUACGGUUAAUCGGGGCGGCGCGGGCGCCAGGCGCAGCCCGGGGAGUGAUGUGAGCAGGGAGAGCUGGUGAUGUCAUCUCCCCGGAUUGUGAAAGCCGAAACAAAUGCCUUUUGUCAGCCCGGGCCAACGGAGCCCCGUCGGUGCCCGGCGCGCUUCACCCGACGGACGCCCCGGCGGCCCGGAGAGGAGGGGAGGAGGAGGAGGAGGAGGAGCAAGAGGAGGAGGAGGAGGCCAAGCCGGGGACACCGGGUGCCCGAGCGCCCGGCCCAGAGCGGCCGUUGAAUCCGGUCGGGUCGAGGGUCGGAGUGCGGACCCCGGAAGGAUGGCCGGGAGCUGGCUGCUGUUCUCUCUCUGGCCCUGGGUGCUCCUGGUGGCACAGGCGGGUGGGCACAGCCUGUUUUCCUGCGAGCCCAUCACCCUGCGGAUGUGCCAGGACCUGCCCUACAAUUCGACCUUUAUGCCGAACCUCCUGAAUCAUUACGACCAGCAGACAGCCGCCCUGGCGAUGGAGCCCUUCCACCCCGUGGUGAACCUGGAAUGUUCCCGGGACUUCCGCCCGUUCCUGUGUGCCCUGUACGCUCCCGUGUGCAUGGAGUAUGGGCGUGUGUCCCUGCCCUGCCGGAGGCUCUGCCAGCGGGCGUUCGGCGAGUGCGCCAAGCUCAUGGAGGUGUUUGGCUUGUCGUGGCCGGAAGACAUGGAAUGCAGCAGGUUUCCGGACUGUGACGAGCCGUACCCCCGGCCGGCGGACCUGAACGCGGCGGCCGAGCCCACGGCCGCGACGCCGGCGGCGGUGCAGCGCGACUACGGGUUCUGGUGCCCCCGGGAGCUGAAGACGGAGCCGGCCCUGGGCUACUCCUUCCUGCGCGUGCGCGACUGCUCCCCGCCCUGCCCCAACAUGUACUUCCGGCGAGAGGAGCUGGCCUUCGCCCGCUACUUCAUCGGGCUCAUCUCCAUCGUCUGCCUGUCGGCCACCCUGUUCACCUUCCUGACGUUCCUGAUCGACGUCCGGCGGUUCCGCUACCCGGAGCGGCCCAUCAUCUUCUACGCCGUCUGCUACAUGAUGGUGUCGCUCAUCUUCUUCGUCGGGUUCCUGCUGGAGGACCGGGUGGCCUGCAACGCCGCCCGGCCGGCCCAGUACCGGGCCGCCACGGUGACCCAGGGCUCCCACAACAAGGCCUGCACCCUGCUCUUCAUGGUGCUCUACUUCUUCACCAUGGCGGGCAGCGUCUGGUGGGUCAUCCUCACCAUCACGUGGUUCCUGGCGGCCGUGCCCAAGUGGGGGAGCGAGGCCAUCGAGAAGAAGGCGCUGCUGUUCCACGCCAGCGCCUGGGGCAUCCCGGGGACGCUGACCAUCGUCCUCCUGGCCAUGAACAAGAUCGAGGGGGACAACAUCAGCGGCGUGUGCUUCGUGGGCCUCUACGACGUGGACGCCCUGCGCUACUUCGUCCUGGCCCCGCUCUGCCUGGACGUGGCCGUCGGGGUGUCCCUCCUGCUGGCCGGCAUCGUCUCCCUCAACCGGGUGCGCAUCGAGAUCCCCCUGGAGAAGGAGAACCAGGACAAGCUGGUCAAGUUCAUGAUCCGCAUCGGCGUGUUCAGCGUGCUCUACCUCGUGCCGCUCCUGGUCGUCAUCGGCUGCUAUUUCUACGAGCAGGCCCACCGGGGCGUGUGGGAAACCACGUGGGUCCGCGAGCGCUGCAGGGACUACCACAUUCCGUGCCCCUACCAGAUGCCUCAGAUGAGUCGCCCGGACCUGAUCCUGUUUCUGAUGAAGUACCUCAUGGCUCUGAUCGUGGGCAUCCCUUCCGUUUUCUGGGUCGGGAGCAAGAAGACGUGCUUCGAGUGGGCCAGCUUUUUUCACGGACGCAGGAAAAAGGAGGCCGUCAACGAGAGCCGGCAGGUGCUCCAGGAGCCGGACUUCGCGCAGUCGCUCCUGCGGGACCCCAACACCCCCGUCAUCCGCAAGUCCCGGGGCACCUCCACCCAGGGCACCUCCACGCACGCUUCCUCCACCCAGCUGGCCGUGGUGGACGAGCAGAGGAGCAAGGCCGGCAGCGUCCACAGCAAAAUGAGCAGCUACCACGGCAGCCUGCACAGGUCCCGUGACGGCAGGUACACGCCGUGCAGCUACCGAGGAGCGGAGGAGCGCCUGGCCCACGGCAGCACGUCGCGGCUCACCGAUCUUUCCCGGCCCGGCAGCUCCCACCGGCUUAACGAGCCCUCGCGGCCCGGCAGCUCCAGGGACCUCAGCGGCAACCCCCUGACCCACGUCACCCACGGGUCCGGCGUGAACCGGGUCAUCGAAGAGGACGGCGCCAGCGCCUGAGCGGCCCCGCCCGGGGAGGGGCGCCUCGGGAUCCCCGGGGGUCGGGCGAUCCCGACCGCAACCCCCACCGUGGGGAGGCCGGACGGUCGGUCGGGACCUCCCUGGCAAAGCCGCGCCCCUUCCGGCCGCUCCCUGCCGAACCCUCCGAGCUCGCCUUCUGCUCGAGACGGGGCGGCCCCCGCCCGGGCCGGGGCCGGCUCCACUGGAGUUCCCGGAGUUUUGCCUGCAGCGGGCCCGCCUGCUCCCAGAAGCCUCGGGGGGCGGGCCGCGCUCCCAACCCGGGCAGGCUGAGGGUGGGGUCCGGGCGGUGGGGCAGGGGGCCUCAGAAGCUUCUGCUGGGUCCCUCGAGGGGGACCGCCCUCCCCGACAGGCCAGAAUCGGGGCGGGCAGUUGAUGAGAAGAAGGUCCUUGACCAUCCUCCGCCCCCACCGCACCCGACGGGUUCCCUCGUGCCGCGCCGUCUGUCCCGUGGCCGUGGCUUGUUUCCGGGAAGGUCGGUGACCGUCCCCUCGCGGCCCCAGAUCCGGGGUCGUGGUGUGCCGGUCUGUGGGCCCUUGUCUCCCCCGCCGUGCUGGAGUCAGAGAGAUGACCGGGCGUGACACGUGCAGGGAAGGACGAGGGGAGCGGAGGCCGGGCCGGCUCACCGGAGGGCGAGCUGCGAGGGGGCCGGGGCCUCGCCGGCGGCCUCGUCGCCAGAGCCGACGCCCGCGGCCACCACCCGACCCCCGCCUAGCGUUCCGAUCCUUCGGGUCGUUCUCGUUUUCGGUCCCGGGUAGUCGAGAGUGGGACCUGGGGAGCCAACGGGGAGGAUGCGUGGGAGCAAGCGAGCGCGUGUGGGGAGUUAGGCGGGGGUGGCCCGAGGAGCUCGUCGUAGGUGGGAGCCGGCAAAUGGGCGCGGGGGCGAGCGUGUGCACGUGGGUUGUAGGAGACGGGUGGGAUCCAGCACGCUGCCGCUCCGGCGUCGGGGUGCCCGGUUUCCGCACGUUUCUGGCGGCGUGGCGGCGUCUCUUCCCCGUGUCGAUGACGACGACGGUGCCGGUUAAGCGCUUACUACGUGCUAAGCACUGUUCUAAGCGCUGGGGUGGAUACAGGGUAAAGGGGUCGUCCCAC